UCAUUAGUUGGCAGUGCAUUUAAUUUUAGAACCAGUAUUGACUCAAAUGAAAGUGAAAUUUCUAGAAUGUUGACACUCAUUUCCAAAAUAGUUGGCUAUGUGUUCAACCAUAACGAGCCAACUACCCCUGCACAACCAGAUACCACCACAGAGCCAAGUGAAAUUGAUGAUCCAUUUAAAGAUACACCAUUUUUGCCGAUCUCUUAUGAAGACCAGUUGAAGACUUCCAUGCAAAAUGGAACUGUUACUCGUAUUUUACAAGGCCAUGGGUUAAUAGAUAACAAUUUCUAUUUCUCUGUGUCAGAUAUCCAGGGGAGUUACACACCAGAGGUUGGAGACAGUGUUUUCUUCAAGGCUGUACAGCAGAAUACAAAUGCCGGCUGGCGUGCUGAAGAUAUUACAAAAAAUGACCAGUCAUGGGAAGCUGAAGCAACCAAAGAAGUAAAAGAAAUUGAUCUCAACAUUUUACAAGGUUCUUGUGUUCUAGGCAAAGUAACUUAUGUAAAUAAUGGCAUUGGAAAAAUCAACGAUGACAUCAGCUUUGAACUGGAUAAAUGUUUGGAUGGUUUUAUCCCAAAGAGGGGAGACUGGGUAUCUGCUAAUGUUAAAGAGUCAGAAGAAUUAUCUACAGAUGAAUGGAACCAAAGUUGCAAGAAAACAAAACAGGCUUAUAAUAUCUGUCCUACAAGAACUAAAACCUUAGAUGGUACAAUAUCAGCUGUUAGACAAGAUCAUGGUUUUAUUAAUGAAGAUAUAUUUUUUGAUAAAUCAUCCUGUGUAAAUGGCUACUGGCCCAAAAGGAAUGAAGUGGUUAGAGUGGUGGCUAUUGAGAGUUCUCAAGGGAGGACUUGUGAGUGGCGCGCAAUUAGUGUUGUACCCCUGUCUAGUGGAUCACAAGCUAACAGGUCUAAGAAAUAUGAACAAACAAGAGAGAGGAAUAAUUCAUGGUUAAUACCUGGCCAGCGACCAAGAAGCUGUAUACCUAAAAUUCAGCUUCCAGUAAAACUUCCGCAUUACACUGUCCCCACUGAACUAGAGCAGCAUUUAAUAGAUGGGGAUGAGCUGACUACUUUAAUGCCUUAUCUAUCACAAGAACUUAGUUUUCAUAACUAUGUGAGACGUAUGUCAACUUUGCUGCACCUAGAAGAAAUUCAAAUGAAACUGGACAUUCGACAGUUUGAUAUGUCUCGGGUGGCAUUGCAUCCGGCGGGUGAAUUUUUAGCUCUUACUGUUCCGGGUCUGGCUGAAGGGAGACCAUCAGUUCUGAUAGGAGACAAAAUCAUUUUGUCCAGUCCAUCAGACCCUGAUGGUCCCAGAUAUGAAGGAUAUGUCCAUGAGUUAACUUGCACUGAAGUACACUUGAAAUUCAACCCAGAAUUUCAUUCCCGCUACAACAACGAAGACUACAAUGUUGAAUUUACAUUUAGAAGAAGUCAGCUGCGAAGAUGUCACCAGGCUGUGUCUUUGGCCGUACAGUUCUUGACAUCAAAAGUUUUGUUUCCAAAAGAAGUGGAAUUGAAAGAGCCACUGGUAAAAUUGUUAAGAAAAAAUCCUCAGCUGAACACAGCUAAAACAGAUGACAGCCUUACAUCAUACAGCAACAUUCACUUCUUUAACCCUUGCUUAAAUGAGAGACAAAAAACUGCUGUGGCAAAGAUUUUAAUGGGACAAGCUCGGCCACUACCAUACGUUAUAUUUGGUCCACCUGGUACUGGCAAGACAAUAACAGUUGUAGAAGCCAUCCUACAAGUACUAACCAUGGUUCCUUCCAGCCGCAUCAUUGCUUGCACUCCCUCCAACAGUGCUGCUGACCUUAUUACAGAGAGACUACACCUCAGCAAUGCUGUUCAACAGACACAGAUGGUCCGGCUCAAUGCUUUUCAGAGAUCAGCAGAUAACAUUCCAGAAAGUAUUCUGAAAUACUGUAAAUUUGGGGAAGACCUUGAGAACAUUGCAAGACAUCGAGUUAUUAUAUGUACCUGCACAAUGGCUGGAACUCUGUAUGCACUGGGUAUCAGAGGGGGUCACUUCACACAUGUUUUUGUGGACGAGUGUGGCCAAGCAACUGAACCAGAAUGUUUAAUUCCAAUGGGACUUGUAUCAGGUGCAGAGGGGCAGAUAAUUUUGGCUGGUGAUCCAAAGCAACUUGGUCCAAUAAUCAUGUCUCCAUUAGCUAAACUGUAUGGUCUAGAGCUGUCCCUACUUGAGAGAUUAAUGGAUCGCGCACCAUACCUCAGGGACAACACAGAAGCUGCUGAACAUGGAGGCUUUGACUCAGCUCUUGUGACUAUGCUAGUCAACAAUUACAGAUCUCACCCAGAUAUUUUGGCUCUGCCCUCUCGUCUCUUCUACUAUAAUCAACUGGAGCCAUUUGCUGACCCAAGCUUGACCCACACUCUCGCUAAAUGGAAAUUGCUACCAAAGUCAGGGUUUCCAAUUAUUUUUCAUGGAAUACGAGGGACUGACAUCAGAGAGACAAAUAGCCCAUCCUGGUUUAACCCUGAGGAAACCAUCUAUGUGGUCAAGUAUUUACAAGGUGUAUUAAAAGAAGGAGUCAAACCAGAAGACAUUGGCAUCAUCACACCCUACAGGAAACAGGUAGAAAAAAUUUGUCUGAUGAUUGACAGACUUGGAAUACCAGAGGUAAAAGUUGGGUCAGUGGAAGAGUUUCAAGGACAGGAGCGCCAAGUCAUCAUUAUUUCUACAGUACGGUCCAAUGAAAAACUAAUUGGCAGCGAUGUCAGACACACCCUGGGAUUUCUCAGCAACCCAAAGAGAUUCAACGUCUCAAUCACACGAGCUAUUUCACUACUCAUUUUGGUGGGAAACCCUUUUGUCUUAGGUCUGGAUGCUAACUGGCGGUCACUUAUUCAGUACUGCAAUGAGAAAGGAGGCUAUACGGGAUGUGAUUUACCAGAUUUUUCACAAAAACCUGUCUUUAAAGCUUGAUUUUCCUCACAAGUUAACCGUUACUGAUAAAUUGCUUGUUAUUCUUUUUAAGACUAGACAAAAGUUCUGACCAUUUUGCCCAGAAAAAUUGCUUUUUGUACAUUUGCAAUAAAAUGUAUGGUAAAGGCAGUUCUUGAUUUUAAAAAACCCAUUCCGUCCCAAAAUGUAGUGUAUCAUUUUUUAAAACAAAUGAAGCAAGCAAUAAAUUGUAUGGUACAUAGAUGUACUACAGCAGUAUAUGGUAGUUUAUAAUUUACAGUCAUUCACAAAUGUAUUAAAUUGAAUAGAAAUUAUUUAAAAUGAGCUAUGUGGUGAUUAAAUGUGCUUUAACUGUAAAGCAUAUUUUUAAAGUUUAGUUUAUUGCAUUGAUAAAUCGAGAGCUGAUCAGUUCAUGUAAUUUUGUGUUCUUGUUCAUAAUUUUGUUAAUAAAUCUUUUUUUCUC